AGGGCAGGAGCGUGUGACAGGGGUCUCUGUUGCCGGUGGAGGUGACCAUGGCCUCCAUGUUGCUCACCCGGCGGCUGGCCUGCAGCUUCCAGCACAACUACCGCCUGCUGGUGCCCGGAUCCAGGCACAUCAGUCAGGCCGCAGCCAAAGUCGACAUUGAAUUUGAUUAUGAUGGGCCUUUGAUGAAGACGGAAGUCCCAGGGCCUAGAUCUCUGGAGUUAAUGAAACAGCUGAAUGUAAUUCAGAAUGCAGAAGCUGUGCACUUUUUCUGCAAUUACGAAGAGAGCCGAGGCAAUUACCUGGUGGACGUGGAUGGCAACCGGAUGUUGGAUCUUUAUUCCCAGAUCUCCUCUGUCCCCAUAGGUUACAACCAUCCUGCUCUCAUGAAACUCAUUCAACAGCCCCAAAAUGUGAGCACAUUCGUCAACAGACCUGCCCUCGGAAUCUUUCCUCCUGAGAACUUUGUGGAGAAGCUCCGGGAGUCCCUGCUCUCAGUGGCUCCUAAAGGGAUGUCCCAGCUCAUCACAAUGGCCUGCGGUUCCUGCUCCAACGAAAACGCGUUCAAGACCAUCUUCAUGUGGUACCGGAGCAAGGAAAGGGGCCAAUCGGGUUUCUCCAAGGAGGAGCUGGAGACGUGCAUGAUCAACCAGGCCCCCGGGUGCCCCGACUACAGCAUCCUCUCCUUCAUGGGUGCCUUCCAUGGGAGGACCAUGGGUUGCUUAGCGACCACGCACUCCAAAGCUAUUCACAAGAUCGACAUCCCUUCCUUCGACUGGCCCAUUGCACCGUUCCCACGGCUGAAGUAUCCUCUGGAAGAGUUUGUGAAGGAGAACCAGCAAGAAGAGGCCCGUUGUCUAGAAGAGGUGGAGGACCUGAUCGUGAAAUACCGGAAAAAGAAGAAGACGGUGGCGGGGAUCAUAGUGGAGCCCAUCCAGUCUGAGGGUGGAGACAACCACGCAUCGGACGACUUCUUCCGGAAGCUGAGGGACAUCUCCAGGAAGCACGGCUGUGCCUUCUUGGUGGAUGAGGUCCAGACCGGAGGAGGCUGUACUGGCAAGUUCUGGGCCCACGAGCACUGGGGCUUGGAUGACCCAGCGGACGUGAUGACCUUCAGCAAGAAGAUGAUGACCGGGGGCUUCUUCCACAAGGAGGAGUUGAGGCCCAACGCUCCUUACCGGAUCUUCAACACGUGGCUGGGGGACCCGUCCAAGAACCUGCUGCUGGCUGAGGUCAUCAACAUCAUCAAGCGGGAGGACCUGCUGAAUAACGCGGCCCAUGCUGGGAAGGUCCUGCUCACGGGACUGCUGGACCUCCAGGCCCGGUACCCCCAGCUCAUCAGCAGAGUGAGAGGACGAGGCACCUUCUGCUCCUUCGACACGCCAGAUGAAUCCAUACGGAAUAAACUCAUUUCAAUAGCCAGAAACAAAGGCCUGAUGCUGGGGGGCUGCGGCGACAAAUCCAUCCGCUUCCGUCCCACUCUGGUCUUCAGGGACCACCACGCACACCUGUUCCUCAAUAUUUUCAGCGACAUCUUAGCCGACUUCAAGUAAAGAAGCCAUUUCCUCCACGCUCUGAGGAAGCCCUGAUCUCACCCCUUGUCAAAUUGAUUAGUUUGCCUAAUUCAUGUUUUCACUUAAAGUAUCAGAGGUGAA